GGCGGUCAGCGUUGCCAAUGGACUCACCUCGCUUGGACGCGUCUCGAGGCUGACGCGCCUCGAAGGCGCGAGAGUUGCGCGGCGUCUGUGGCAAAGCCUCCUCCGCCAUAUCGCUCCCACCCAGUCUGCAGUCGAGCACUCCUCGUCGUCUGCGCUGCCGUCCUGCUCGUCCUGCAGGCCGUCGUCGGCUGCCGAGCGAUCAGGAGGGAGCCUCGUCGGCCGACGCCUGCCGAGUCGUGCAGCUGGCGAGUCCCGCGCUACCGGCUCGACGGUGGCCGGCUCGCCUCGCCACGAUACCAACACACGGAAGCGCUCAUGCAUAUGCCGGCCGCGCUCCGUCUGCCGCGGCUCGAGGACUGCCGCGCCGACCUCGUGGGCGACGCGAGCUUUUGGGUGGCGAGCAUGUGCACCUCCUCAUACGGCUUCGAGGCCCGCCGCUUGGAGGCGAGCUGCGAAGCGUGGGGAGUGUGCUGUGGGGUGGCGCGAGUGGCUGAGGACGCCGCCUCCGAGAUCGCCGGCGGCGCCACCGUCGACUCGCGCACGCGGCGCUUGCGCCUGAUCGCGAGCAAGCCGCUCUUCAUCCUUCGCACGCUGCAGGCCUCACCGCUGCCCGUCGCGUGGCUCGAUGUCGACCUCGAGUUCACCGCUUUCCCGCUCCAAUUCACGCCGGCGGGCUGGCGCGGCUUCGGGGCGCCGCGCGACGUCGUGCUCCUCAACUACGACGCCAACCGCACGCACUCAUCCUGCCGUGAGGCGACCGGCACCGCCUGCUGCCGCCACCACGCUGCGCACGGCCGGCAGCUGCUCUGCUCGUCCGCCGUCGCCUACUUCAACAAGAGCGCCGCGGCCGAGGCGCUACUCACUGCGUGGGCGGAGGCCAUGGCGUACAACACCAACGCGGCCGACGACAGGACGCUCGAUUUGCUCGUCAACGACGACGGGUGGAUCGACCGGGCGGCCUUCGGCUGGCUGCCAGCGUCCUACUUGCGUGGCGCAAAGUCCAGCACCGCCGAGGUUACGUCGGGCGCCGUGAUCAAGCACGACGGUGGGAUCCCGGCCAGCAGCGAGCGGAACAGCGCUGUCGUGCCUAAGUUGCCACCGCACGAAGGAGAGGAAGCGGCGCGGGGCAACGAGCAGCUUGCGCUGGAAGCAGUCGAACCCGAGGCGAUGACCAUCGGCCCCAUCCAGCGGUGGCUCGCUCCGGAGGGCGCAGCCGCUGCGCUGGACCCGGAGGCGCUGAGGCUCGGCGAGCGGGAAGCCUCGGACCUGAUUGCGGGCGAGCACGACGUCGAGGUGGAGCUGGAAGGCGCGUUGGGGGGUGGAGCGGCGGGCGACGAGGCGGACGGGCCAGGGGGCGGCGGUUCGGCCUCCUCCUCGGAGCUGCGUCAGCUCUACCGCGGUCGCAAGUUCCUCUUCCCGCUCCUCGACCAGGGGCCAAACAACCAGUACUUGCAGUUCCGCGUCGCCAUCGCUAAAGCCCGCGCCCUCAACCGGACCCUCGUCCUCCCUCUCUGGCUGCCGCACAACCCAAAGUUCCUCCACCUCCACCCCGGCGCGCCCCCAGAGCCGUCGCGGGACCGCGCCACCGCGCUGCUCUCCUUCCCGUUCGCGUCCACCUUCGACGCGAGUCACCUCGCAAAGUUCGUGCGCACCAUCGACCUCCCCGCCUUCCGCACGCUCUCCGACGGCCGGCUCGACCUCUGCCUCUCCGUCGGCUCGUCACAUGACGACGAUAGCGGCUUCCGCGACUACCUCCGCCUCUCCGCCCUCUCGUGCUCCCGAUUCGCAACCGUCGACAAGCCUGACGAGGGGCGCGAGCGGGCGGCGGCCGC